AUGAACGCCGUCGGGGUCGAACAGUACGGGCCCACAGAAAACCUGAUAUGUCGGAAGGUUCCAAAACCGGAUAACCCCCAAGGGAAAGAACUUCUUAUCAAAGUCGAAGCAGCCGCCGUCAACCCAAUCGACCUCAAACAUAAGCCGAGCUCAAGGCAUACAGACUACUAUAACUUCGUCCCCCGCCCAUUCCAUAUAAUGGGCUACGACGGCGCCGGAACAGUUCAAGCGGUUGGCCCAGAAUGCACCCGAUUCCGACCCGGUGACGAAGUCUUCUACGUCUCAUCACCGAUAAAGCAAGGCACCUACAGCGAGUAUCAGAUCGUGUUGGAGGACACGGUCGGACAUAAGCCUAAGUCGCUGGAUUUCGUCGAGGCGGCCGCCAUGCCGCUGACAUAUGGGACUGCGUACGACGCAGGCAUACUGAUUAUUAACGGUGCGGGGGGAGUCGGGGCGAUGGCAUCGCAGAUUGCGCGGUGGGUGCUCGGGUUACCUGUUGUGAUUACUACGGCGUCCAGGCCUGAGACGAUCGAGUUUACGAAGAAGAUGGGUGCGACGCAUGUUGUGAAUCACCGGGGGGAUUUGAAGGAGCAGAUCGAGGGGUUGGGACUUAAUGUGCCGAUGAGGUAUGUUUAUAUUACGCAUUCCACGGCGCGCUAUCUCGGUGUUUGUUCGGAUAUCAUCGCGCCGCUGGGGAAGGUGUGUUCGAUUGUUCAGUCGGCCGACAUGAGUAUGUACGGGACUCAGUUUAUGUCCAAAUCCUUGACGUUCGUUUGGUGUUGGCUCGGGUCGAGGCUGUACCAUGGGGUUGAGACCAAUCAGGGGGACAUGAUGGAGGAGCUUUCGGUGCUUAUCGAUGCAGGCAAGAUUAAGUGCCAUUUGACAAAACGGCUGAAAUUGGACCUUGAAGGGGUUAAGGAGGCGCACCGGAUUCUGGAGUCCGGGAAGGCGAUUGGAAAGGUUGCUCUUGGGGUGUCUGAACCGAGGACUUCUGUGCGAUCGGAGUAAGGACGGACUCCUUUCUCCAUGUGUUCUUAUCCGUCUGUCUUUAUUAUUGGUGUUGUGUCUUGCAUGUUGUCCGUACCUCAUGCUGCAGCGACAGUACGAAAUGACAG